GACACCCCGGACCAAAUGAUAAUUGUGUGGAACACAAUGGAUGACACCGGAAAUGCUACCAUUUUGUACGGAGCCAAUGACAGCCUGUCACUGCAGGCCACAGGAGAUCGCUUUGAGUUUGUUUCCUCUCUGGGUUGGCCCCAGACACAGAAUACAGUGAGUUGUUGUUUUAUUUAUAAGUGGAAACAGUAUCAGUCAAAAAAAAAAAAAUCUUUAACUUAAUCCUACUGUGUACCAUUACUAGGGGCCAUGGUUACAAUUGUUGGUAUUUACUUAGUAUGGACAAUCCGGACAUCCAUAGAGUUUGAGCCUAGACUUCAUAAUUUUUUAUAGAGAUUACUCAAGAUUUAAAUGUGGCUAUGGCUUUCAAUUAAAUCAACAUAAUCAAGAAACCUAUUAAUUAGUGAAAUAUUAAAUAAAGAUGGUUACAAAGGUGGCACCCUUAUAUUUCAUACAGAUGUGGAUUCUGCUAACAAUACACAUUUAUGUUGUGCUUUGUUAUCAAAUAAUGCAUAAGAUGUGAAUUUUUGUUAUACUAUAGGCUACGUCGUGGGCAGUAAUGUUUAUGGCUGGUCUGAUCAAUUUAAAUUCCGCACGUGGCCCGAUGGAGAAAACUGGAGUCGAGUCUUGCAAUCUUUGGUGACUUGGGCAAUGACAAUGCUCAGUCUUUACCCAGAUUGCAAGUUGAAACCAUGACAGGAAUGUAUGACGCUAUUAUUCAUAUUGGUAUGUGCUGGUACUUCUUGACACUAAAUCAACAUUUUUUUUUUCCUUUAAAUUUCAACUUAUUUUUUUUUUACCACACUAACAAACUUAUCCCAGAUUUUUCACUUCAGCAUUCCUAAAAAUAACGUUUGACCCAGUUGUUGACAACGUGUUUCAUUUCUCCUCAAAACAAAGCUAAAUAAAGCUGAAGAUACUAGUAAAAUGUAUCCAUUGUAAUUGGCCCAUCACUUGUUACUUAAAUUAUUUGAUUUAUUUUUGUUUCAGGUGACUUUGCUUAUGACAUGGAUAGCGUGAGUCCUGUUCAAUCUUGUCGCCUUAAAUGAAAUAGUAAUAAACUUGUUCUGAAAUUCCAUAUUUCUUAUCAGAUCAUUGUCUUGCAUAAUGCAUUAUACUUACUGAACUGAAAUGAUCUUUGGAUAUUUUAACAUCUGGUGGAGACAAACAAGAAUAAUGAUAAGAAAUGAUCCAACUUUAUUAAAAAGAAUUUGAUAAGGAAAUAUCCAAGAAUAUUGGUUUUACAUUUGAUUGCUAAAAUAGAAAAAAUUUCUAAGGUAAAGUAAAAAGUCAGCAAAACCUUGAAACAAUUAUUAAUACUUCAUAAAUUUUAAUGCCAAUAUUUGAUGAUUUCAUUAUUGCAUAAAUAAUAUUCUUGCAGUUGUUUUAAUUAUUUACACAACCAUUACUAAUACGGAAAUAUUUUCUGAUUUCUCCUUUUCUUUCCUAAGUUUAUGUAGCUCUAUUGUACUGCUAUGAUUUUUAGGACAAUGCUCUAGUUGGCGAUGAGUUCAUGAGACAGAUCGAGCCAUUGGCCGCAAGACUUCCUUACAUGACCUGUCCAGGCAAUCAUGAA